AUGCCUGUCCAGGACUUCUUACGGCGGGUCGAUGGCCGGCGAUUCGGUUCCGGCAUGGCCUUGCUGGUCCUCCUGGCCUUCUACUCGCCCCUGUCGAAACUGGUUCUGUCUCCAAUUUAUGGAUCUCAUCCCGCAGAUAUCUUCCAUAGCUUUGGAGUGGCCAUUUCUGGUGGUGUUGGAUGGUUAAUGAAAGACCAGAUCUUGAGACGCUUUGGUCGUCUUGGUGGUUUGUUACUUCCGGUGUUGGCAUUCUGGGUUCCAACUCUUCAAUAUCUCCUCAAGCAGCAGAGUUCCAAAAUUGGCAACCCCCUGGGCCCAGUGAUCACAGAACUGUUCGGCUACUAUCCUCUGGUUCUUCUGACAGUCGCCUAUGCCGGAAAGCAGAUCCAGGGUUCUCUGAGACUCGAAGCCCAGGGCGACCUGGUUACUGAGCAUGUGCCCUUGAUAGGCACAUAUAUGCUCUAUUCGGUUGGCGAGCAUUUUGCCAAAUACGUGGUCUCAUGGGUUGUUGGCACUAACUUCCUGUUUACUCGAGUUGGUAUGCAAAUGCUCAUGGCGACCCUGUACGCCGCAGUCAUCCCGUCUAAAUGGCUGGUUCUGGCCAUUCCGUCUCUGCUUUUCUCCCUGACUUCCAAUGUUCAUUUUGCUGGAAUCAGUGGUGUCAAUUCUGCCAUUGAGCAUGAGGGGUACACCCUCUUGGCUCGACAGGAGGCUUACACUGGCUACAUCUCGGUUUUGGAGAACAACAACGACGGAUUCCGUGUUAUGCGCUGCGAUCACAGUCUGCUUGGUGGACAGUGGACCAAAGACAUCCCGGGAUACCGACCCCAGGUGGAAGAUCCGAUAUAUGCAGUCUUCGCCAUGCUUGAGGCUGUCCGUCUGGUUGAGCCGGAUCAUGGAACUCCUCGUGUUGACGCAGACAGCAAGGCGCUGGUCAUUGGUCUCGGAAUUGGCACAACUCCAUCUGCCCUUAUCAAGCAUGGCAUUGAAACCACCAUCGUUGAAAUCGACCCUGUUGUGCACAAGUUUGCUACCCAGUAUUUCAACCUUCCGUCCAACCACAUUCCAGUCAUCCAAGACGCUGUGAAAUACGUCAAGAAAGCAGUGGACUCAAACCCAAUCCAGUACGACUACAUCAUCCACGAUGUGUUCACCGGUGGUGCCGAGCCCGCCGAACUCUUCACAUACGAAUUCUUGUCAAAUCUCAACUCGCUCCUCAAGGAAGACGGUGUCAUCGCCAUUAACUACGCCGGUGAUUUGACUCUCUACCCGACCGGUCUCGCCGUCCGCACCAUCAAAGCCGUUUUCCCAUCCUGCCGAAUCUUCCGCGAAGCACCCUCUCCAGAUGAAGAAGACGCCAACUUCACCAACAUGGUCCUGUUCUGCAAGAAGAGCUCCAGCACUCCGAUCCAGUUCCGUGACCCUGUCCCCGCCGAUUACUUGGGCAGCAAGUCCCGGGAAAGUUACCUUGUUCCCGAGCACGAGCUUGACGCUUCCAUGUUCUCCCAUUACCCCAAGACCGGUAGAGCUAUUUUGCGGGCAAAGGAGGUUGGAAGAUUGGAUAAGUUCCAGGAUCGCAGUGCGCUUGAGCACUGGUUUAUCAUGCGCAAGGUCAUCCCUGAUGCUGUGUGGGAAAACUGGUGA